GGCAUGACGCAUGACGAAGCCUCUCUUGGCCCAGCAACACGCAUGCACUGUAACCAUAGAAACAGACCAUACUGUUAAUUAUUAUCGUUGUUCUAUACUGUGCUGUAUGUAGCCUGUCGCUAGCUGGUUAGACAUUUUGUGGGGGAAUUUGUCGUUGAUGCCACAAGUUAUGGUUGUACGAGUAGAAGAAGUUGCUGCAUCGCUUGUGCGGGAAUUUCUCAGUCGGAAGGGACUCAAGAGAACGAUUGCCUGCAUGGAUGAAGAGCAUCCCCGUACAGAUGCCAGCAUCAACAAUAGAUCCGAUCUGCGACAAAUUCUUCAUUUGGAAGGUCUAUAUAAAAACAACAAGGCCCAAGACUGUCCCCUGAAAUCAAUGUUGGAAAUCAUUGUAAGACAUCACAUUGAAGGACAUAAAGAGGACAGGCCAGGCUUCAACAGUGAUGUCAUCCAGACUGUAUCAACUACACAGAAGUUGGUGACAAAGUCUCCAAUAUUGACACCAACAGUGUAUGACCACAGCAGGGCAGAAGAGAACAUGACUGGAUUUAUUUUCAACAAAACUGACAUGUCAAGGUCACUUUCAGAGGUUCUCUGUCCACCUCAUGGUACAUUAUCAUCAUUUGAAGUGUCAGAUACUCCCCAGAGAAGUUUCUGGAGCCAUAGCCUUUCCUCUGAGGGCCAGCAGGACCGACAGCCUGCACCCUCCUUCCUAGACAAUGACAGCGCCACUAAAAGGGAGUCCUUUUCAGACAAAAACACGGUCGUCACCACAGAGAGUACUCAUAAGAACAAAACAAGUCGCCUCAGACGAGGCAUGAUGGCAGGUCCCAUAGCUAGUUCCCCCCAGGAAUCGAAUAGAAAACGUCAGACUCGACGGUUGGGAGGCCCUAAUCUUCUUCUGGCAAAUAAUGAAAACCACAAAAACAUCAGCGAUGGGCCUCUGUUGACUACUGUCCAGUCACAGAGAAUGGUUAAAGGGUUGACAGAGCUCUCCACUGCUGACCCCAUGAGAGAAAGCCAACAGCCACGGCGCAGCACACUGGGAAAAGGAUUUGAUGAAGAUGGCUAUGGGUUUGAGAGAGUAGGAAAAGACAAGCACAAGACCAGCAGAACAAAAUCAAUGACCAAUCAAAAUGUUGAUCUGCACAUGUCGGAGAUGAUUUUGGAUGACAUUGAUGAUGAUGAGGAGUUGCGUGAGCUCUCCAGAGUGUCCUGCCACUCCUCCAGUUUGCCUCCAACCACUUCUGAUAGUCAACCCAUGGACCAGCAUACUGCCAUUGCCCUGAAAGAGCUCAUCCUUGGCUCCAGCACCAGUUGUUUCAGUGCCGAGUGGAGGAGUCAGAGUUUCACUUUCUCCGAUGCACCUGAUCUGAGAUAUGGACUUGUUCAGAAGAAGGGUGGUCCUUGUGGAGUUCUGGCUUCAGUCCAGGCUUGUAUUCUGCAGAAACUUCUAUUUGAGGGGACCGGCAGCGACGCAGGGCACCAGAGAUUAAGACCCUCUGGUGCUGUGAGAACAAAGUGCCUCACUUUAGCCACUGCUGAGAUCCUGUGGAGGGCUGGGGAGGGGAAAAAAGCCACCAUCGCCAUAACAUCAGGAAGAAAUCAUUUCACCCCUACAGGACACCAUAGAUCUGAAGGAGUACUAGAAAAGAUGACAUGUAUUGAUGUUGACAAUCUAAAGGACCUUCAGUUGCUUGUGGAACAGCAUAUUCAACAGUUUGAGUCGGGAGCCUUAGGGUGUAUAUUGCUCACCAUCUCUGCUAUUCUCUCCAGAUCUAUUGACCGGGUUAGAGAGGAUAUGGAUGUCCCCAACACCACACUCAUCGGAGCCCAUGGCUACUGCACACAGGAGCUUGUCAAUUUAUUGCUGUGUGGACAGGCUGUGUCCAAUGUCUUCAACAACAAUAUGGAGCUGGAUUCAGGCAAUGGAAACCUGACCCUUCUCAAGGGAAUAAGAUGUCGCAGUGACAUUGGACUGCUGUCCUUAUUUGAACAUUAUAAUAUAUGCAAGGUUGGCUCCAACCUGAAGACUCCUAAGUUCCCUAUCUGGGUGGUGUGCAGUGAGAGCCAUUUCAGCGUGCUCUUUGGUGUGCAGGAGCUGCUGAGUGACCAGUGUGUGAUCGGGGAGUUUGACCUGUACUACUACGACGGCCUAGCCAAUCAGCAGGAGGAAAUCUGCCUAACUGUCUUUGUAGGUACCUCAGGAAUAUCUGCUGGCUGCCAAGGUGUGGACACCGAUCUCAUUCCUCCUCUUGAACACUGUAUACGGACCAAAUGGAAAGAUGCCAUUGUCAAUUGGAAUGACACCGAGCCCAUACUUUGACUGGCUAGUGGAUAGUAGGUGAUGACUGUAGAUGAGACUGGGCCUACCCCAUGGCUGAAGACACAAAAUAUACUGCUUUCUUAUUGCAAAAUAUGCCAUUUAGCAAACACUUUUAUCCAAAGCGACUUAUAGUCAUGCAUGUAUUACAGAUUAAAUAGAUUUACUUACAGUAGCUGUGCAUGGGUAAAAUCACUGGGGAAGCCAAGCCCCCCCCCCCAAAAGCCAUAUUACAACUUACUGUGUGUGUUGUGAUAAUUGCGUUGUUUGCUCUAGAACCUGUUAGUUCAUAUGCCUUGCCACUGUGAUAUAUAGGCCUAAGGCCGAGACAGUAAGAAGACAUAGUGGCAGAAUAAAUUCAACCACACCUUUGUUUAGUCAUAAAACCGGAGAGAAACCUCUGUCCGGUGGAGUCCACAAAUCAUAUUGCAUGUAGCAAACAGUUAUAUGACCUACAGCAUAAUCAAGCAAGUUAAUGUUUCUGGCUUUUUACUAAACAACUAUUGAUUUAGAACCACAGAGAGUUAACAUAAGGAGCUGCCUCCACUAUUCCAGGCACCAUUUCUACUUCAACAUUUCAACAUCAUCAAGUCAAAUCCCCUAUGUUUGGUCUAAUACAGUGACAACUAAAAGAUACCAAAAACGAUUUGGUCCAAUCAACGUAAGCUAAAUGUGAUGUGGCUGUCCAUGGUUCUGCUUUGUCUCUCUGUGUGUGCGUGCGUGCAUUCGUGCAAGUAGAAUUAACAUGUUGACUCACCCUACUUGUAGAGAAACGCCAAUGCCAUCAUCUCCUUUCAUGUCGAUGAAAUGGUCUAUGACUCUGUCAUUCAGUACACGCUUUUAGUUUUUGCUGUCCUAGGCUACCUGGCUAAAAUGCUUGCUAGCUAGCUUAACUUACUUUCAUGGGCAACAAUGCUCCAGGCCAGCUAGUUAACAUUAGACUACUAUGUCUAGCUACAUAUUGAACUUCCAUCCUCUCAGGCCAGGGGCACAAUGUAUGAAUUAAUGUUUGGAUCAUUAUCACCAUUAUAAUCAUUGGCCCGUACGGAGAAUUAAAGCUGCAUUGUGCAUUGUGUUAUAGAUCUAUCAUUCUCAUUGAAAUCAAGUCUUAAGAAGUGGUAGAUCUGUUCUAUGCGCACAUUUUUCAUGCUUCCCGGUCUUAAGUUUGGUUUUUGUGUCUCUUACUUUCGGUUUUGUACACCAGCUUCAAAUAGCUUCAAAUAUUUUUGGUUAUGGAAAAUAUAUUUCACUGCGGUUUAGAUCGUACAAUGAUUCUCUACACUAUUCUUGCUUGUUUUGUCACAUAAACUGAAAUUAGGUGAACUAUUAGACUUGAAACAACCAAGAAAUGGCAGAGCGAUUUCUGCAUAGUGCAUCUUUAAAUAAAACCACAAAUCCAAAUCCCUAUCUCCAUCCAUAGCUAAAUUGGUCCCUUUCCUAAAUUAGCCAACUAGCUAGCUAGCCACCGGAAGACAACAACAUAACGAGAUGCAACAAUUCUGUUUUUUUUCUGGCAAUUCAAUAUUAGGAAGGUAUAGUGAAAGUUGCACUAUGCAGAAAUCGCUCCGCCAUUUCCUGUUUGAUGAAAUUCUAAUAGUUACUCUAAUAUUAAUCUAUGUGACAAAAUAAGAUGGUACAGUGUAGAGAAUCAUUGUACCGUCUAAACUGUGAAAUAUAUUUUCCAGAACCCCAAAUAUUUUAUUUUCAGGUGUUUUGAAGCUGGUGUACAAAACCAGAAGUAAACAAUGCAAAAAUAAAAGUUAAGAAUGGAAAGCAUAGAAGCAUAGACUUGUUUUCAAGUUGAAUGAUAGAUUUAUAACCCACAUUUCAUGUGAAUUUGGUCAGGUCGCACAAAAAGUUACAUUUUGCCACUUUUAAAGUAAGUUACAUAUUGGCACUUUACUGUUUUGGACAGUCAGUGUAUUUGUAUUGUAUAAAACAGGGUUCUCCAACCCUGUUCCUGGAGAGCUUCAAUCCUGUCGAUUUUUCUCUCCAACCCUAAUCUAGCACACCUGAAUCAGGUUAGAGCGAAAUGGGGUCGCUCUCCAGGAACAGGGUUGGAGACCCAUGGUAUAAAAUAUAUUAUUUGUAUAAAUAUUAUUGUAUUUCAUCAACAACCACAUGUGUUGACACGAUCAUGGCGGCCAUUUUGUACAUGUAAUUUACAUUUGAAUAAUUUAGCAGAUGCUCUUAUCCAGAGUGGCUUACAGGAUCAAGUAGGAUUAAGUGCCUUGCUCAAGGUCACAUUGACAGGUUUUUUACCUAGUCCGCUCGGGGAUUUGAACCAGCGACUUUUCGGUUACUGGCACUUAACCACUAGGCUAGUCGCUGCCCCUAGGGAGCAUAAUUUAAUUUUGAAUGCCUGAAGAUGUUCUUAUAAGUGGUGCAGGAAAUGUUGAUUCAUACGUCUUAAAACAAGUCUUUACCUCAUCAUUUUUUACAUGGACAUGCCCAAUAUAAAGAGGAGUGCCUUGGAUUUGUUGUAGCCUAUGACAUGCAGCUUUCAUGACCAUCAGUCUUAAAGGUAUAGUCAGCGGUUAUUUCUUCAACAGCUAAGAGCAUCUUGCAUCUCGCUCAUCACAAUAUCAUCUGUGCGGCUUGUGGCAAUGUCAUUUAGCUCACUCUACCUUUUAAUGUAUGACAAUAUCCAUAAGGUAUUAUUAUAUUUCAAACAUUAUUCUAUUACAUGCCGUAUAUACUACAUAUCUAACCAUUUGAUGUGUAUUUUUUUACUAUAAAACAUUUUUGACUGUAGAUGUUUUAUUUGAAUGGUCAGAGUUGUAAAAUAAUUAGUUUUAUUAAUUUAAAAGUUGUGGAUCACCUGUA